GAACUCAAGCCAUUUUUUAAAAAAGUUGUUUUCUUUUGCCUACAGAAUAUUUGAACGCGUAUUAGCACGUAAUAAUGGAAGUGUUGAGAAAGAAAUUGGAGUCCUGCCUGCUGAUAGUAAGCACCCACAAUGCAGCAGAUGCAAACUGGCUAAAUAACCUGUGUGCGGUGCUAUUGGAGUUCGCCACCUUGGCCCACAGCUCCUUCUGCUCCUCGGGGCAGUCGAAGUCCUCGGAGCUGGUGUGCCUUUGCCUAAGCCAGAUUAUGAUCUGCAUUCGCCAGUUGGAACACACGAUAAAACUAGAAUGCGGCACUACAGUUUUGGUAAGUCAUCAGUACUUUGUGGAUCGCAUUCGAUGGUGCCUAAGGCGCCUCAUGCAUCUCUACAGCGAAGAAUCGUGUGGCGAAGCAGUUGCUCCGGAACGCUCUUUCCUCAAGCUGGUGGAUGCCGCACUGGAUUGUUUGGCCCUGUUCACUUCGUACAGUGAGGAAAACACCGAUACCUUUAACUGUCCCAAAACUCCCAAGGAAGUGCUUUCCCUCAGCCAGAAGUUGCGUGCCAACACUGAUUUAAUCUUGGGUCAAUCCCUGGGGUUCGCCAAUGUGGCUUUGCCACAGGACAAAAGGGCUCUCAGUGCCUUGUGCCAAAAGGUUAUCCGAGAGUGCAAUACCUUUCAGGAGGAGUGUAAGGAGUCUUUCAGUGCCCACUACAUGUCCACCCUAAAGCUGAGGGCCAUGACCAUGGAACAGGCAAUUUACCAACUGGAGGACUUCCUCAACGAUGCGCUUCUGCGAUUGGUAUUUACAUGCUUCCUGGACUUCGAGAAGUUUUCGGUGGACAAAAUUAGAAUGCUGCUGAGGAACAGCGCAGAUAAUGUUGAUUUGGCUGAUGAACUCAUAGCGGACUUUGAUGUGAACAUAGAUCGUGCCACUCAAAUAGGCAUUUUUGCCAUUUCCUUUGCGCCGAACUUAAAAAUGAAAACAAUGAUGCGCAGCUGUCUGGCCUCCUUUGAGUCACUGGACACUACCCUGAUACCUUCUCUGCAGGCCCAUGGUUCCGUUUUGCACUCGGACAUCCUAGAACAGCAUUUCAACGAGGAGGUUACCAAGUUCAAAGCAACGCUUCAGGAGAUCAUCGAUAGCCGCGCCUUCCUUGGUUGUUACUUGGAGAUACUGACCUCGGGGAUAAGUGCAACGGAAAAACUUUACAAUAAGCAGCGAUUGGAGGACUUGGUCCAAAUUUCCUUGCUGUUAGUCGAGCACUUUCAGCUGGAAAUCAACCGAAAGGUGCUAACCGAGACGCAAGACCGAUUGGGAGAAGAGUACUACCAGCAGUUUAUCCGGGUACUGCGCGAGUGUAAGGCAAUUUUGAUGUGUGCAUCCCAGGUGGAGCCGCAGAGAAUCCUCAAGCGGUUCAAGAUCUUGCGUACGAUCUUGCGGAAACUGCACGGCUCCCUAGGAGUUGGUAAACACGAGGAUGAACUUCGUGUUCCCCUGGCUCCCCUUUUAGUGGAUGACGCCAACAAUAUCAAGGAGAUAAAUGAAGACGAAACCCAUUACUCUGGCCUUAAAACAUCCAGAAACAGUAUUCUCUACGAUACAGAGCGUAGGAAUAGAGGAAGUAAAACAAAGGACCAUAGGAUAACCACAAAUUCUUUAGACAUUAAAUCGGAAAUGGCAAAACCUAAUGGAAAUGUUCUGAGAAGAGAAAGUUUACGGACUGUUAUGUUCAAGCGCCAAAAUAUAGCUGAAAGCAGAAAGCUAUACACAUCUAUGAGUAAUCAGUCUAUGGAUCUCCAAAUCACAGAUAUACUCGACCAACUUACUGGAAUGUCCAAUGGAUACUUUGAAUGCUGAAGCAUUUUGUUCAUAACUUUUUAAUUACUUAAGUGUUUAAUUCAUAUCAUUUAAAAAAGGAACUUUGCAGUUCGAGAAUUCAAACUUAACGUACGUCGCCACUUGAAUGUCAUGGGUCAGGUAGGCAUACACAUAAGCAUGUAGUGUUUUCGGGUGGCGGAGAGCGUCGCAUCGGAAACAGUUUUGACUGUUGUAAAAUUAGAGCAAUAAAUUAAAAUAAAUACAUAGAGAUAAACAAAUUGGUCAGCGCA